CCUGCUACUUUUUUCCACAUUAAAUAACACAAUUUUAAUUAACAAUGGCUAAAAAGAAGGGUGGAAAGAGAAAGGACGACGACUGGGAGGACCCAUAUGCUGAGGAAGCCGCAGCCGCCGAAACCAAACCCGAAGAAACCGAAGAAAGUUUUGCUCAAAGAGCCACUGCUUUCAGUGCUCUUGCCCAAGAUGAUGAAGAGGAAGACGGUUUAAUGGCCAUGGUCAAUAAGGCCGCCAAAAACAAGGUCAAGAAGGGAAAGAAGGGAAAGAAGCAACAAGUAGAAGAAGAAGAGGAGGAAGAGGAGCAAGCUGCUCCUGUUGCUGUUGCUGCAGAAGAAGCCGAUGUCGAUGCCGAUGAUUACGAUUGGGCUAAUGACACCAAGAAGGGUAAGAAGGGAAAGAAGGGAAAGCCUACCGAAUCCCCCGCUGAACCCGCUUCUCCUGCCCCCGCCGAGGAGGAAGGAGAAUUCCGUAUCUUGACCAAGAAAGAAAAGGAAAAGAUCAAGAAGGAUAAACUCAAGGAAGCUAAACGUUUAGCUGCUCUCGAAAAGAAGCAACAACAAGAAGCUGAAGAUGCUGAAUUUAACAGACUUCUUGGUUUGGAAGGAAAGGACGCUGCCGCUGCUGCUGGCGGUGAUGCUGCUGCUGCUGCUGGUGGUGAAGCUCCCGUCAAAUCCAAAAAGCAAUUGCUUAAGGAAAAGAAGGCAAAGAAAUUGGCCACCAAAGAAGUCGAACCUGAGGCUGCUCCUGUUGAAGAGCCCGUUGCUCCCGUUGCUGCCAAGGGUAAGAAGGCCAAGGGUGGUAAUGUUGCUGCUUUAAGAAAAAUGGUCGAAGCUCAACGUGCCAUUGAGGAAGCCGAACGUAAGCGUAUUGAAGAUGAACGUAAGCGUCUUGAAGAGGAAGAAAAGAGAAUCGCCGAAGAAGAAAAGAAAAAGGAGGAAGCUCGUGCUGCCAAGAAAGAGAGAGAGAGACUCAAGAAAGAGGAACUUCGUAGACAGGGUAAGUUACUUACCAAGUCUCAAAAGGAAGCUCAACGUAUCGCUCAAUUGCGUCACGAACAAUUAUUGGCUGCUGGCCAUAUUCGUGUCCAAGCUCUUGAAGAGACUGAUGAAAAGCCCAAGAAGAUUGUUUAUGGUAACAAGAAGAAGAAGGGUCCCACCAAGGAGGAACAAGAGCGUAAGAAGGCUGAAGCUGCCGAAAAGAAGCGUUUAGAAGAAGAGGAAAAGAAGCGUUUGGAGGAAGAGGCUAAGAAGGCUGCUGCUGAAGAAUCUGAGGAAGAGGAUGAUUGGGAGAAGGCUCUUGAGAGCAGUGACGAAGAAGUAAAGAAGGAGGAAGAAGAUCUCGAUAGUGAUUGGGAUGCUUCUAGUGCCGAAGAAGAGGAGGAGAAGCCUGCACCUAAGGCUGCUGCUCCUGCCAAGAAGGCCGCUGCUCCUGCUGCUGCUCCCGCCAAGAAGGCCGCUCCUGCUGCUGCUGCUCCUGCCAAGAAGGCUCCUGCUAAGAAGGCUGCUCCUGCCAAGAAGGAAGAGUCUGAAGAAGACUCUGAGGAUGAUUCUGAAGAUGACUCUGAUGAUGAUUCUGAUGAUGAUAGCUCUGACUAUGAUUCUGACGAAGAUAGCUCUGAUGAAGAACUUACUGCUACUCAACGUCUUGCAAUCCAAAAGAAGGAAGAAGCAGCUGCUCGUCGUAUUCAACGUCAACAAGAAGCUUUAGCUAAUCGUUCCAAGGACGAUUUGCGUUCUCCUAUUUGUUGUAUUCUUGGUCACGUCGAUACUGGUAAAACCAAGUUGCUCGAUAAGAUUCGUCAAACCAAUGUUCAAGAAGGUGAAGCUGGUGGUAUUACUCAACAAAUUGGUGCCACUUUCUUCCCUGCCGAUGCUAUUGAGAAGAAGACUGCUGUCCUCGGUGCUGAUCGUGCUGAGAAGCUCAAGGUUCCCGGUAUCUUGGUUAUUGAUACACCAGGUCACGAAUCUUUCACCAAUUUGAGAAGUAGAGGUAGUUCCCUCUGUAACAUUGCUAUUUUGGUUGUUGAUAUCAUGCACGGUCUUGAACCCCAAACUCUUGAAUCCAUUCGUUUGCUUCGUGAUCGUAAGACUCCCUUCAUUGUUGCCUUGAACAAGAUUGAUCGUCUCUUUGAAUGGAAGGCUAUUCCUGAUAACUCUUUCCUUGAUUCUCUUGCCAAGCAAAAGCCCUCUGUUCGUGCUGAAUUCGAAAAGCGUGUUGAUGAAACUUUGCUUGCUUUUGCUGAACAAGGUCUUAAUUCCCAACUUUACUACAAGAACAAGAACUUUGCCAAGUAUGUCUCUUUGGUGCCUACCUCUGCUCACACUGGUGAAGGUAUUCCUGAUAUGCUUAACUUGCUCAUCAACUUGACACAAUCUCGUAUGAGUGAAAAGCUUAUGUAUAUUACCGAACUCGAAUGUACUGUUCUUGAAGUCAAGGUGAUUGAAGGUUUAGGUACUACUAUUGAUGUUGUGCUUGUCAAUGGUUGGUUACAUGAAGGUGAUCGUAUUGUAGUGUGUGGUCUAAACGGACCGAUUGUGACGACUGUUCGUGCACUGUUAACACCUCAACCUAUGCGUGAAUUACGUAUCAAGUCACAAUAUGUUCAUCACAAGUCAGUUAAGGCUGCUUUGGGUAUUAAGAUUUCUGCUCCUGAUCUUGAAAAGGCAAUUGCUGGUUCACGUCUUUUGGUGGUUGGACCUGAUGAUGAUGUUGAGGAUUUGAAGGAAGAAGUUAUGUCUGAUUUAACCAACUUGAUGUCAUCUAUUGAUCGUACUGGUCAUGGUGUCUGGGUUCAAGCCUCUACUUUGGGUGCACUUGAAGCCUUAUUAGAGUUCUUGAAGACUUCCAAGAUUCCUGUCUCUGGUAUUAAUAUUGGACCUGUUCAUAAAAAGGAUGUUGUGAAGGCAAGUGUGAUGCUUGAAAAGGCAAGAGAAUUUGCAGUGAUGCUCUGUUUCGAUGUCAAUAUUGAUAAGGAAGCUGAAAUUUUGGCUGAAGAGAUGGGUAUCCGUGUGUUCCAAGCUGAUAUUAUUUAUCAUUUGUUUGAUCGUUUCCAAGAAUACCAUGCUUCUAUCACUGAACAAAAGCGUAAGGAUCAAGCUUCUUCUGCUGUCUUCCCUUGUGUGUUGAAGAUGAUUCCUCGUGCUAUCAUUAACAAGAAGGAUCCUAUUAUUAUUGGUGUGGAUGUGAUUGAAGGUACACUUAGACUUGGUACACCUCUUUGUGUGAUUAAGACCAAUGCUGAAACCCAACAACGUGAAAUUAUUACACUUGGUAAGGUCACCUCUAUUGAACAAAACCAUAAGACGAUGGAACAAGUCAAGAAGGGUGGUGCUGGUGGUGGUGUUGCCAUUAAGAUUGAGUGUGCCUCCUAUGAAACUCCUAAAACAUAUGGUCGUCACUUUGAAGAUAGUGAUGAAUUAUAUGCCAAGGUUACUCGUCAAUCUAUUGAUAUUUUGAAGGAAUCUUUCCGUAACGAUUUAUCCAAGGAAGAAUGGGCUCUUGUUGUAAAGCUCAAAAAAGUCUUGGGUGUUGAUUAAAUUUUUGGUUUAAACAAAUAAUAAUAUAUCACAAUAAAAAGGAAAGAAAAAAAAAAGGGUCUUUCCUAUCCUCUUUCUUUUUUGUCAAAACAUGCACAUAUUCAAUAAAAAAAAAAGUAUUUAGAAUUGAAA